GAUCCACAACCCGGAAAAAAUGGCCGCCUCCACCUUCCUCGCCGUCGACGCAUCCUCCAAACUAUCCAAUCCAGUUGUUAGAGCAUCGCCAACCGCCGCCGGCAAGACUGCUUUCCUCCAGCUGCCUCUCAAGCUCCGCAACCCUGGAUCCCUCAAGCACGCUUCCUCCUUCACUGGAAGCAGGAGAUCCUUCUCUUGCACUAGCCAGGCCGCUUCCUCCGACGACGCCAGACCUCCAUCCAAAGUUCAGGAGCUCCACGUCUACGAGAUGAACGAGCGAGAUCGAGGGAGCCCCGCCGUCCUCCGAUUGAGCCAGAAGCCGACCAAUUCCUUCGGCGAUCUCGUCCCUUUCGCUACGGAGGGACCGCGAUUGGAAAAGCCUGCACCUAGGGCGCCAUGGAGAGGCUCUGUUCCUCCGGCGAAGGAGAGUUAUCUGCCCUCCAGUUUGAGGUCGUCCGAGUUUCGGUGCCAGGGAGAGGCUGAUGGUGAUGUUGACGAUAGAGCUGGAGCUGGCGAGCAGAGUCAGAGAAAGGGGAUAAGGGAGGUGGAG